ACUUCAACCGCUAUACAUAUAUAUGUAACGGUCGAUAUUAAGAGCUUCUCCGCGAACCGGUCACCGGCUAGUUCCCAUUCUCUUCCCGUCGUUGUUGCGUCUCUCGCACCGUCGACCGCAGUCUUCUACGAAGUCAGUUGAAUCGAGCAAACAGUAGCGAUCAUGCCAGUGCCCCAGCUCCAGAAACCGGCGCCCGCUUUCUCCGGCACCGCUGUUGUCAAUGGUCAAUUCAAGGAUAUCAAACUCUCCGAUUACAAGGGCAAAUAUGUUGUUCUCUUCUUCUAUCCAUUGGACUUCACUUUCGUUUGCCCGACUGAGAUCAUUGCUUUCUCCGAUCGCGUGAAGGAGUUCAAAGAUAUCGGCUGCGAGGUGAUCGCUGCGUCGACGGACUCGCACUUCUCCCACCUCGCGUGGGUGAACACGGCCCGCAAGCAGGGCGGUCUCGGCGAGAUGAACAUUCCUCUCCUCGCGGACAAGAGCUUCAAGAUCUCUCGCGACUACGGCGUGCUCGACGAGGAGUCGGGAAUUCCUUUCCGCGGACUCUUUAUCAUCGACGAUAAACAGAACUUGCGCCAAGUUACCAUCAAUGACUUGCCCGUGGGAAGAUCCGUGGACGAAACGCUGCGUCUGGUCCAAGCAUUCCAGUACACCGACAAGCACGGCGAGGUGUGUCCGGCCGGCUGGAAACCCGGCAAGAAGGCCAUGAAGCCCGACGUCGCCGGCUCGAAAGAAUACUUCAAGGAUCAAUAGACAAUAAGAUAUCGAAUAAUAUGUCUCUCCUCGUGCAUCCUGUUGAGUACACUCGUUUGCGUGUUUUAUACUCUCUCUCGCCGUGUAAUCUGCAGUUUGAUACGUACGUUACUCCUGUGUGUUUACUUAGCGUAGCUGGGUAUACAUAUGUAUCGCGACCAAUCAGUAUGAAGCACUUGUCUUUAGUUUAAUAAACGGAUUUAUUUUCU